AGUCUAAAGUCAGUUGAAGUCCUUGAAAAUUCGCAGUAAGAAACGCAAGAAUGCUCUCCAGAAAGGAGCUCGUUGCCAUUAUCCUCAUGCUGUCGGCGCUUCUCUCGGUGCUGAAUGCCGCCGUCUUUGCCAACACUCUGCCCAUUUAUGUCAGUUAUGAGCAGCUGCUGCAGCAGGUCGUCUGCGUUGGCACCGCCUACCUCUGCCUCCUGUACGCCCUGAGCACCUGGAUGUACCAUUCGAAUUUCUCCCGCACGCGCCAGCACAUGCGUUACGCGCUGCUGCUGACGCUGCUGCUGAUGAUUGUGGCCAAUCUGGUGGGUGCGAUUGCGCACAUGAAGCUGCUGUCCUUUUCCCAGUUCAAGGCAUCCACAGACAUCAGCGGCCUGUUCUCUCCGUUUGAUGUUGCCAGCAAAUCCGUCAGCCUGGCUCUAUCGAUUCUAACCAUUAUGCUGCUGCUCCUCGUCUUGAUGGUGGUCUUUGUCACGAUCAUUAGGAAGCAGAAGAAGCUGAGUCUUCAGAUGCACAAGAGAGCAGCGGCACGCAAGUCCCAGAAGCAGAAGCAGGAACAGAAGCAGAAGUCCUGAGUGCAAGUAAAGUUUGCUUUUCAUUUCAUGUCGUUGCAAUGUGGCGCCGCCCUGGCAAUAAUAUAAAUAUUAUACGCAGACAUGGGACACACACAGGUGUGUCUGUCUGAGCGCAGGAGACACUGCCAGCAGCUGAGGCCAGCAGCAGUCUGAGCAGGAGAACUUCACAUGGCUCCUUGUGUAUUGCAUUUUGCAUAAUGAACCCGGCAGACGGCAGACGGCAGACGGCAGACAAACGAAGUUAAACACAAAACUUAAAGGCUUUUCCAUCCGAACUUAAAGUCAAGUUUGCAGGGAGAAGCAGCAGCUUCUGGAUGGGGUGCGGAUGUUUAUCAAAGGGGUUGGGCUUGUGGGUGGAGCAGCCUAAUUACGCUCGAGUGGCUGCCCAUCAGGAGUGACAUUUGGCGUGGCAGGCAGCUUACAAUAAAAUUUGCCAGCUAAGUUAUUGCCCAAGGAACCAGGCCCUGUGGCAACUGAAGUCGAAAGUAAUUUGGAAUUUAAUUGCGUACAAUUUAGAAUGGCGAAAUGUUUGGCGUGCGUUUAAUUAACUGAAAAAUAAAAUAAAACGACAGCAAAAGGACACUGGCA